AUGGGGACCUCGGCCGUGUGGGUUGUGGUGGAGUGCGCCUGCAGGAUCCUGGGUGUUUCGACAGCAGCAGUGAUGUGUGCGGUGGGGGUGGAGACGUUGCGCCAGGGAGAGUUCCACAGCCUGGCUGUUUACCUUCUUGUGUCCUCAGCUGGGAUGAUGUUAUUUGAGCUGGCUUACUUCACUGAUGCAUUGCUGAUGAGGUGCCUUCCCUGCCCUCCUAAAUGGAAGGUGUUCAUCUUGUGGAAGAAGAUGGCCAAACUGGGGGGCUUUCAGAAGUUCCUGUACUACACUCUCAUGUCUGUGGUGUGCUUCCUUCACCCAGUGCUUGUGUGGCAUGCAGUCAUACCAGGGACCAUGCUUUUGGUCACUGGCUUUGCCUACUUCAUUCUGAGCAAACGGAAGAAGACACUGCCUAAGGAGCCAGUCAGCCCGUCAGAAAGUUGUGAAGACCCGCCCACAGCAGCCACCUCCAUCGGCGACCCCGGGGAUGUGGAGCGGGCCUACUCCUUCUUCCGUAUCAUCUCGGGUAAGAGGGCCUCUUCGCUGUCGUAUUUCCCGAGCGCAAGCAACGGAGAGGCCUCGAAAGACAGCUCCCAGGCGAUGCUGGAGGAGUCGCUCCCCGCGGACGCGCCCGCAAGGAAACGCGACAAGAGACGUGUGCAUUUCAAAGAGAAGGCUCUGCAUGCUGUUCAGGACGAGACUGAAAUGCAAGAGUACCAGGAAAUGGACCAAGAAGAGACAACUUCAGACAAAGCACCCAUGAUCAGACUGUAA